GGUGGUGCUGAUACCGUUGACGAAUAUGUCCGACUAGGUGAAACCACGGCAAGAAAAUGUUUGCACCAUUUUACCAACGGAAUCAUCCACUUGUUUGGCGAUGAAUACCUUAGACGUCCUACACCGGAGGAUCUGCAAAGACUACUAUAUAUAGGAGAACAACGUGGAUUUCCAGGAAUGGUUGGAAGCAUCGACUGUAUGCAUUGGGAGUAGAAGAAUUUCCCAUCCGCUUGGAAAGGAAUGUAUUCACGAGGAACCGAAAAACCAACAAUUGUGUUGGAGGCGGUGGCUGAUUACGACCUUUGGAUAUGACAUGCUUUUUUUGGAGCACCAGGUACGAUGAACGAUCUUAAUAUUCUUGAUCGAUCUCCAGUUUUUGAUGACAUUAUUAACGGAAUAGCACCAGAAGUUAACUUCUAUGUUAAUGGUCAUACGUACCAUUUGGCCUAUUAUCUCACUGAUGAGAUUUAUCCUGACUGGGCGACUUUUAUUCAAUCUAUCCGUCUACCACAAACUGAGAAACAUUCAUUAUUUGCUAAGAAGCAAGAAGCUGUACGGAAAGAUGUUGAACGUGCCUUUGGAGUUCUGCAAGCUAGAUUUGCCGUCGUCAGAAAUCCAUCUAAUUUAUGGGAUAAACACAAGAUAGGAAAUAUUAUGAGAGCAUGUAUCAUUCUCCAUAACAUGAUUGUGGAGGAUGAACGGGCAUCAAGGACACAAUAUGUGGUUCCUGGAUUUCAAGAAAGUGAUAUGGAAAGAUUUUCCGUCAAUAUGCCUUCGCCGGUCGGCAAUACAAUGGAUCGUCGGACGAGCGUUCGCAAUAUACAAACCCAUCAUAAUUUAAAAUAUGAUUUGAUUGAAAAUAUAUGGGUAAAAUUUGGACAUCGUCCAGAUAACAUGUAAUUUAUAAGUUUUUAUGAAUUUAAUAAAAUAUUUGUUUCCAUUAAAAUUUUUUUUUUUGUUGUAAUUCUAUUUUGCUUUCAAUUUAAUGUUAAACUUCUCUUUUAUGUUUUAUUUAAAAUGUAUCUUUUAUAUCUAAUCACACAUUAAAAUAAAUGUGUGAAAAUAUGCUAAGGACUUUUUUUAUCCUACCAAUAAUCAACAAAAUUAAAAAAAUCCUUAUGCAUUUGUCCCUAACUAAAAAAUAAUACUAAUUUAUUCUAAGGACAAAAUUUUGUCCAACCAAUAAUGUUGCCCUAAACCCAUGUCUUAUAUUCUUCUCUCCGAGUCAGAACCAAGAACUAAACCCUAGAAAAAUCUCAUCUCACCAUGGGUAAGGCCAAAUAUGACCGUCGUUUAGAUAAGUACUACCGUCUCGCCAAGCAGCGCGGCUUCCGCUCCCGUGCCUCCUACAAGCUCAUCCAAAUCAACGCCAAACACUCUCUUCUCCACAAAUCCCAUGCCGUUCUCGAUCUAUGCGCCGCCCCCGGUGGUUGGAUGCAAGUCGCCGUCGAGAAAGCUCCCUUCGGCAGCCUUGUUCUCGGGAUCGAUCUCGUUCCCAUCAUCCCCAUGCGUGGCUGCGUCGCUAUCCAGCAGGAUAUCACGCGGCCCGAGUGCAGGUCGAAGAUUAAGCAAGUGAUGGAGAAGCAUGGUGUUAGGGCUUUUGAUCUUGUUCUUCACGAUGGGUCUCCUAAUCUUGGUGGUGCUUGGUCUCAGGAACUUGUGAGUCAGAACGCUUUGGUUAUCGAUUCUGUGAAGUUGGCCACGGAGUUCUUAGCUCCUAGAGGAAACUUUAUCACCAAGGUUUUCAGGUCUCGAGAUUAUCACUCUGUGCGCUUCUGUCUUCGGGAGCUAUUCGAGAAGGUUGAGGAGUUGAAGCCACCGGCUAGUCGUUCAACAUCUUCAGAAACGUAUCUUUUAGGUUUGAAUUACAAAGCUCCUGCCAAGAUUGAUCCUCGUCAUCUUGAUUAUAGACACCUUUUUAAAGAAACAGCAGAACCCACGAGAAAGGUUGUGGAUGUGCUUGGAGGAUCAAAACAGAAGAGAAACCGUGAUGGGUAUGAAGAUGGAGAGUCCAUUUUGAGAAAAGUUGCAUCUGCUGCUGAUUUCAUCUGGUCUGAAAAUCCUCUUGAGAUUCUUGGCACAGUUACUUGUAUAUCCUUUGAUGAUCAAGCCUCUCUACCUUUAAAAGAACAUGAUUUGACUACAGAGGAGAUUAAAAUUCUAUGCGACGAUCUUCCUGUUUUGGGGAAGAAUGACUUCAAACACAUCCUAAAAUGGAGGAUGCAAAUUAGGAAAGCUCUGACUCCUGAAAAAAAGGAAGUGGCUAAAAAGGAGCCUGAUGUGGGAAAGGAAGACGAGGAAAAUGAGGAUAAUAGACUACUCAGUGAAUUGGAAGAGCUCACUAACGCAGCAGACCGCAAGAAGAAACAGGCAAAGAAGCUUCUUGCAAAACGACGGGCCAAGGAUAAGACGAGGAAGGCGACAAAUCCACAAAUAGAUGCACUUGAAGAUGGUUACGUAGACCAUGAACUGUUCUCUCUUGCUGCUAUCAAGGGAAAGAAAGAUCUAAUGGCAGUUGACGAAGAUGAUAACGCCAACGCCAAUGAAAGUGAGAACGAAGAUCGUGGUGAUGGAGCUUCAGAUGACUCCAAAGACGGUGACAUAGAUUCUGAUGAAGAGCGUCAGAGAUACACUGAACAAAUGGAAGAGAUGUUUGACGAGGCAUAUGACCGUUAUAUGGCUAAGAAAGAAGGAAGCGCAAAGCAAAGGAAGCGAGCUAAGCAGACACACGUUGAGAAGCUUAAGGAGGGUUAUGGAGAUGAGGAGAUGAAACUCGAUUAUGAUUCAGAUAUAAAGGAAGAGACGGACAAGGCAAACCCACUUGUGGUGCCACUGGAUGAUCGAGAGACCCAAACAAAGGAAGAAAUCUCCAACCAGUGGUUCAGUCAGGAUUUAUUUGCUGAAGCCGUGGAAGAAGGAGACUUGGGUGAAGAUGACAGUGAUGACGUAAUGUCUAAACAAAAGGCAUCAAAAGCAAGCGUCUUGACUGGUCAGAGUUUACCCAUCAGCUCCAAGAAGGAAGAAGAUUUCGAGAUAGUUCCUCCACCAGCCACUGAUUCAGACUCGGACUCAUCCUCUGAGGACGACGUUCAUACAAAGGCCGAGAUGUUGGCAUGUGCCAAGAAAAUGCUAAAGAAGAAGCAGAGGGAAGAGAUGCUUGACGAUACUUAUAACAGACACAUGCUUGCGGACGAAGGUUUACUACCUAAAUGGUUUUUGGACGACGAGAAACACCACAGGCAACCGAUGAAACCCAUCACGAAAGAAGAAGCUAAUGCAAUGAAGGCUCAGUUCAGAGAAAUCAACGCUCGUCCAGCCAAGAAAGUGGCGGAGGCCAAGGCACGGAAGAAGCGAGCGGCUGCGAAAAGAUUUGAGAAGGUGAGGAAGAAGGCAAACGUAAUAUCCGACACGGCUGAUAUAUCGAACCGUUCAAAGGACAAGAUGAUAGACAAGCUAUACAAGAAAGCGGCAGAGACGAGGAAGGCUAAGAAAGAGCUGGUUGUGUCGAAGAAAGGAGUUGGGGUUAACGUUGGGAAAGGUCAGAAGAGAGUGGAUAGGAGGAUGAAGAGUGAUGCUAGGCAACGCCGAGGAGGCAAGCCUGGUAGGAAGGGGAUGAAGAGUGCCUCUGGUAAAUCAGGCCAGAAAGGUAAAAAAACCGAGGGGUAAGAGACCCAUCGGCGGCGGGUAAGUCCUCAGUGGACGAGAAGUAAGUUUUGUUCCGUUGUGUUUAGUCUGAUUGAUAUUUAUGCAAUUCUUGACUACUGGUCUUUGUUUUUGUUUUGUUUUUUUUUUUUUUUUUUUUUUUUUUUUUUGACAACAACUACUG